AUGACUCACCAGCUACAGAUACGACUGCUGACGUGGGACGUGAAGGACACGCUGUUGAGGCUCCGUCGGCCCGUGGGGGAGCAAUAUGCCUCCAGCGCUCGGGCCCACGGGCUGAAGGUGGAGGCUCCAGCCCUGGAACAAGCCUUCCGGCAGGUGUACAAGGCUCAGAGCCGCAGCUUCCCCAACUAUGGCUUAAGCCAGGGCCUCACCUGCCGCCAGUGGUGGCAGGAUGUGGUCCUGCAGACCUUCCACCUGGCGGGGGCUCGGGACGCCCAGGCUAUGGCCCCCAUCGCUGACCAACUGUACAAAGACUUCAGCAGCCCCAGUUACUGGCAGGUGUUGGAGGGAGCUGAGGACACCCUGAGGGGGUGCCGAGAGCGUGGACUGAGGCUGGCAGUGAUCUCCAACUUUGACGAGCGACUAGAGAGUAUCCUGAAGGGUCUCAAUUUGCGGGAACAUUUUGACUUUGUGCUGACCUCUGGGACUACUGGCUGGUGCAAGCCGGACCCCCGCAUUUUCCAUGAGGCCUUGCGGCUAGCUCAUGUAGAACCAGCAGUGGCAGCCCAUAUCGGGGAUAGCUAUCGCCACGAUUAUAAGGGGGCACGGGCUGCAGGCAUGCACAGCUUUCUAGUAGUUGGCCCAGGGCCUUUGGACCCUGAGGUCAAAGAUUCUGUACCCCAAGAACAUAUUCUCCCCUCACUGCCCCACCUCCUGCCUGCCCUUAACCGCCUGGAGCACUCAACCAGAGGGCUGUGA